GGCCAGUCCAAAAGCAGAAAAGAAUAUCGGCGGUGGUCAAGAGCGACAAAGAGUGACUCGAAGCAGCAGGUGACGAUGGGACCUCGCGGCGCCGGACGCCGUCUCAACGACCAGGAGCGCAUGGAAAUCUUGGAGAUCAUCCAGCGCGAGGCCAAGGUGAAGAAUGUGGAUCUUGCCAAGCGCUAUGGCGUGUCGGAGGGGGCUAUCCGCAAGCUCAAACAAAUGAAGGACACUAUCCGCAACCGCUACUACAUGGGCAAUGAACACAACCGUGACAAGCGCAAGCGCGGCGGAUUCAAGCGGAAUGCGCCCUUCGAGGAGGAAUUGUAUCAGUGGAUCGUGCGCAUGCGUGAGUCUCAGCCCUAUCAGCUCAUGCCGCUCACCCAGACAGCCGUGCGCCAACAGGCCAUUAUCCUGUCCAAGAACUACGAGAAGAUGGCCAACUUCAAAGCCUCACCCGGAUGGUUUGCACGAUUUUGCUCGCGGCACCGACUGGACCCCAUUGUCGCCAAUGCUGCAGGAGGAGAUACCGCCAAUACGCCCAUGGUAUCAGCUCCAGCUGAUGCCUCUCUAUCGGCGGCGGGAGUGCCGCAAGCGGUAGCAGUACCGCCUGCAGUGUCGAUGCCCAUGACUACAAGCGCAACGGAUGAGACGGCGUUCCUAAUGGACUCACUCACGGCUGCGCCCUCACAGGCGAUGGAAAUGAUGAAUGCUACGGCUACGAUAGCUACUGAUGCGGAAGAGUCCAAGACGGACACGCCGUCAAUUAAUGAACAAGUCCAGCAGGCUGCUCGCGAGCAUAAUGAGGCCGCGCUGCGAGCUGCUGCGGCCAAGAUUGGCGAGGCACAGGCCGCGUCAGAGGACAAGACUGCGGAGGCCGAACAGGAAGCGUCGGACACCGAGUCGGUCAAGAAAGAGGUGUCUGAUGGUGAAGAAGAGGAGGUGAAGAAGGAGGGUGAUGUCAAUGCCGAGGACGAGAUCUUCAGCCUCGGACUAUAGUCAGUACGUUUUAAUCAAACACAUACUUAAGUAGCGCCAAGCUGCAUUGCUCAUUGCGACGCAAAUUGCCCCAUGAUUCUGUUCCAAGAGAUACCGAUUCUCCUUAAAUCGCGCUGGCAUCUUUCUCAACCCGACUGACGGCUUUAACCGUUAGCGUAUCGAGGGUGAAUGAUCGGACCAUCGGAUCAUUAUGGUCCUAGGCACUUGAGAAUAUUGUCGGGAGAUGUUCAAGAUAUCAUAAGCAUGAUAACGACCCGAAUUUGCUAUCUCGCCGGCUGCGCCGAUUAUGAAUAUUUCCGUGGAAUCCAUGUAUGCAGGCCCCGAAAUCGGGAGCGGAUACAAGGAAUGAACUCAUGAUGCACUCAUAUGCAUUCUGUAUAUACCUGUCAACGUUUGCGGUGGAAUAGGCGAACCUGGUUGACAACUAGUGGUUGUGUGUGCGGUAUUGUACAUGCCACGUGAAGGAAAAAUUCAUUGGGUCGGCGGAUGGUUUGGACAUUUGCGUACAGAUCUCGAGCGUUUUUUUUUCUUUUGAGUUUAUUUUAGUAGAGAACAAAGAGGUUGAGAUGCAGUACUUUUGAAAGCAGGUUUCGUGACAACUUUAAGGCUAAAUAAUAGCUGUUGUCAUGACUUUGGUUUGCAUGUUCGUGUAGCCGCAACAAAUUCAAAUUCAUUUCGGCCUCAGUACAUGUAUAACGAAAGACACC